AUGGCUCGAAUGAACCGCCCAGCUCCUGUGGAAGUUACGUACAGGAACAUGAGAUUUCUUAUUACACACAACCCAACUAAUGCAAUGUUAAGCAAAUUUAUAGAGGAACUUAAGAAGUAUGGAGUUACCACAAUCGUAAGGGUAUGUGAAGCAACUUAUGACACUACUCUUGUGGAGAAAGAAGGCAUCCAUGUUCUCGAUUGGCCUUUUGAUGAUGGCACACCACCAUCUAACCAGAUUGUUGAUGAUUGGUUAAGUCUUGUGAAGAUUAAGUUUCGUGAAGACCCUGGUUGUUGUAUUGCUGUUCAUUGUGUUGCAGGCCUUGGCAGAGCUCCAGUGCUUGUUGCCCUAGCAUUAAUUGAAGGUGGAAUGAAAUAUGAAGAUGCAGUACAGUUCAUAAGACAAAAGCGGCGAGGAGCUUUUAACAGCAAGCAACUUUUGUAUUUGGAGAAGUAUCGUCCUAAAAUGCAACUGCGCUUCAAAGACUCCAAUGGGCAUAGAAACAACUGUUGCAUUCAGUAA